UAUGUUCCUAAGUCUUUUUAAACAUUAUUCAUAAACAAACACUAUAAUUUCUUCAAAAUAUAUAUAUAUUGAGUUUUCUAUACAUGGCUACUCUUGCAAGUUCAAUGUCAUCGUUAAGGAGUUCGAAAAUGAGGAAAUGGCAAGGAUGUUCAAAGCAAGUUAGACAACAAAGGGCAAGACUUUAUAUUAUUUGGAGAUGUACAGUCUUGCUUCUAUGUUGGCACGAUUAAUUAUAAUUAUCGUUGUCAUAGGCUUAAUUUCUAGUUAUGUUUUGUGAUGAACGAUGAUGAAUCGAUUGUAUAGGUUUUUUUUUCUUUUCUGAAGGGUUGUGAUCUUAUAGACUUAACUUUUGUGUAGGAGUAGUAUUAAAUUACAUGUAGAAUGUAAAAAUGUAUACAAAGAGUUUAUGAUUGAAUAAUACUCAAGGAUACUUUUCUUAUUACUAA